AUGCAUCUCACUUCCACUCUGACGGUUUCUCUCGCCUCUUCCUUGGUGAGUAGUGCUCAGGCAGCACCAUUGGCCUCACGAGUGUCAUCCCAUUAUCCUGGAUUCGCGAAGCUCAAGUCUCUCUUCGUCUUCGGCGACUCUUAUUCCCGAACGGGAUUCGAUCCCAGCGGCACUCAGCCUUCAAGCUCCAAUCCAUUGGGAAAUCCUACGUAUCCCGGUCGCACGAGCGCCAACGGCCCCAACUGGGUGGACCUUCUCACGGUGAAAUACAACGCCUCGUCGCUGCUCACCUACAACUUCGGCGCUAGCGGUGCCACCCUCGACACCUCGAUCGUUGAGUCAGGGCUUGACGUCGCCCGCGAGAUAUCCGAGUACUUCGUUCCGUACUACGCAAAUUCCAGCUCGGAUGCUGAUCCUGUCUGGGAGACCGACUCGACGCUUGUCGCUAUCUGGGUGGGCAUCAAUGACAUCAACAAAUCGUACCUCGCGCAGAAUGAAUCCAUCCAUCCGCUGAUCUUCGAGCGGUAUCGCGAACUGGUCGGCGAUCUGUACGACCUUGGCGCAAGGUCAUUCCUGCUUCUCAACGUGCCGCCGCUCGAGCGUGCCCCACGUACCACCGGGUCCAGUGCUGCUGAGGAACGUAUUCCGAUCGAGCGGGCAGCCGUCAAGGAUUAUAAUAGCCGGGUGGACGCGCUCCAGGAAGAUCUUCAGGGGAAUUAUGACGACGUGACGGUGUUCCUGUACGAUACGUACUCGUUGUUCGAUAAAGUCAUCGACGAUGCGUCGCAGUUCGAGCAGACUCAAGGAUACAAGGAUACGACCUCGUACUGCUCGGCGUACCAAAAGUAG